AGAGGCUGUAGGGUUUCUCUAGCAGGGAAGUCGGCAGAGGCAGAGGUUUGCGUGUUGGUGUGCCAAGGGAAGUCAGAUGAGAGGGCGAGAGGGUAGAGAGGGGAACCGUGUCUGAGUUCUGAGGGCAGCUUGGCUGUGCAGGCAUCCUUCAACUAACAAAACUUCAAUGCUGCUUCUGCUGCCUCUGCUGUUCAAAGGACUUCUUGGCCAUGGCACAAGCACAGUGGGUCCUCAGGUUCCAGGACCCCAUCAUCUGGCUGCAGAAGAAUCCCCCUCCUUCCGCGUGAUACAGAUCUCCUCCUUUGCCAAUCACAGCUGGACAUACACCCAGGGCUCUGGCUGGCUGGGCGACCUGCAGACUCAUGGCUGGGAUAGUGUCUUGGCCACCAUCCGCUUUCUGAGGCCCUGGUCCCAGGGUAACUUCAGCAAGGAGGAGCUGAAGAACAUCCAGGCACUCUUGCAGCUGUACUUCCACAGUUUCCCACGGGAAGUGCAGGCCUAUGCCAGUCAGUUUCAGUUUGAAUACCCCUUUGAGCUCCAGGUAUCAUUUGGAUGUUUAAUUCAUACUGGGAAGGCUUUGGAAACCUUCUUAAAUGGAGCAUAUCAAGGAUUAGAUUUCCUGAGUUUCCAAGAAAAUUCCUGGAAGCCAUCUCCAGGAGCAGGAAGUCGAGCUGAGAAUGUCUGUAAGGUGCUCAACCACUACCGAGUUAUUAAAGAAGUUGUACAAAGGCUUCUCAGUGACACCUGCCCUCGGUUUCUGGCAGGAAUCCUUAAAGCAGGGAAGUCAGAACUGGAAAGACAAGUGAAGCCACAGGCUUGGGUGUCCAAAGGCCCCAGUCCCGGGCCUGGCCGUCUUUUGUUGGUGUGCCAUGUCUCUGGCUUUCAUCCAAAGCCCGUAUGGGUGAUGUGGAUGAGGGGCAAACAGAAGCACCCAGGGUCUCGGCGAGGUGAUGACCUGCCCAAUGCUGAUGGGACCUGGUAUCUCCGAGUAACCCUGGAUGUGGCGGCUGGGGAGGCGGCUGGCCUGAGUUGCCGAGUGAAGCACAGUAGCCUAGGAGGCCAGGACAUCGUCAUCCACUGGGGUGGAUACUCCUUCUUCUCAAUAUUGAUCUGCUUAAUUGUAAUAGUUACCCUGGUCAUGUUGGUUAUAGUUGAUUCAUCAUUUAAAAAGCAGAGCUCAAAUCAGGAUGUCUUCUCUAUCUCCCACCCUGCCUUUCCCACAGGAGCCAAAACCAAAGACCCCAGGAAUUUAGGACAUCAGCUCUGCUUGGCACAUGAAUCAUGGAUCAAAAACAGACUCUUAAAGAAAUGGAAAGCCAGACUAAAUCAACUCUAGUGUCAUUAGUUUUACCUUCCACAUAAAAUCCCUUUCUGGUUUUGUUUAAACAUAAUUCAUAGCUCUAAACUAAGCAUGAUUUUGCUAAAGCGGUUUGUUCUGUCAGAGACCCGCACCCUUUUGGAAAUCUGUUUUUUUUCCCUCCCAUCUUCCAAAAUAUCUUUUCUACUUCAGCCACAUGUACACCACUUUAAAUUUUAAUUCAGAUGCCUCUUUCUUAAGAACUUCCCUGGAUUGUCCAGGGGAAAGCUCUUCUUUAUACCCCAAAUUGGACUGUUCUUCCUAAAUACACUCAUCUCUUCCUACUCCAAACAGUAAUUUUAAAAUUUUUGUGUUUUUCUCUCAUUUGCUUGAAAGCAAGAUUUAUGUGUUUUUAUUUGUGUCCAUGAUCAAAAGCCUCACCUGGUUCAUGGCAGAUUGUGGGCAGGUAACCUGUGCAGUUGUUGCCAUCUCAAAAUCAUGUUCAUUUUGAAGGAGGUCCUGCAGUUUCAUUUUAUACUGGCCUCACAAAUUAUGUAGCUGGUUUGUCCUGAAAGAGAUCUUUCUCAAUAAAUACUGACUGAAAUAAAUGUAUUGUCAAAUAAAUUGUCUUAAUCCCUUU